AUGUAUGUAUGUGUAUUGUAUUUUGUUCGUCUACCGAUAUUAGCUAUUACAUACAGUUCAAAUACAAAUACAAUUGUUACAACGCCGAAUGGCGGCCAUUCACAAAUAUCGGGAAAUAAAGUUUUUAAAAAGCCAGAUUUCAUUUUCUCAAAGUUCAUCAUUUUAUCUUACUGCACUAGUUUAAUGACACUUGAGAUGUAUAACAUUCAAAGUGGCUAUCCAUUGAAGCACUUUUUGAGUGCCUAUAGAGUCUUGGACAAAUAUUUAGAAGUGCCUAAGAAGACCCGAAUUACGAGUGUCACCAAUUAUUGUAAUCAAAUAAUCAACUCCUUCAAACUGGCUACUCUUGACUUUGUUGAAUUUAAACAAAAGUUGAAUGAAGACUCAACUGAAUUUACCGAUUGUGCUUGUUGA